AUGAACAGUGAUGCAUUAUGGAAACACCAUAACCAAAGCUACCAAGGAGAAUUCAUCUUACUGGGAGUGGCUGACCACCCUCGUUUGGAGAUGGUGCUCUUUGCCAUCAUCCUGAUGUGCUACACGAUGACCCUCCUCGGCAAUACCAUCAUCAUUACCUUGUCCCAUCUGGAUCCACAUCUCCACACCCCCAUGUAUUUCUUCCUUAGCAACCUCUCCUUUCUAGACAUCUGUUACACAACAAGUAUUGGGCCCCAGAUGCUGGUGAAUUUCUGGGGGAAAAGAAAGACCAUUACCUAUGUUGGCUGUGCAGUCCAGCUGUUUGCCUCCCUUGCCCUGGGUGCAACAGAGUGUAUUCUGUUGGCAGUCAUGGCAUAUGACCGUUAUGCUGCAGUCUGCCAGCCUCUGCAUUACACCGUCAUUAUGAGCCACUCCACAUGUCUCAAAAUGGCUGCCGUUUCCUGGUUGAGUGGCUUUGGUAAUUCCCUAGUGACAACAGCAAUGACUUUUAUGCUUCCACUGUGUGGACAGAACAGCGUGGACCAUUUUUUCUGUGAAGUAUCGGCUUUGCUCAAACUGGCUUGUGUGGAUACGUCAGUUAAUGAGGCUGAGCUGUUUACUGUUAGUGUAGUCUUCCUUUUAGUGCCACUUGGGCUCAUCAUAGCCUCAUAUGGCUACAUCACAGUAGCCAUGCUGAAGAUCCGCUCAGCUGAAGGCAGGCGCAAAGCUUUCAAUACCUGUGCCUCCCACUUGACUGUGGUGUCACUUUUCUAUGGGUCAGCAAUUUUUAGUUAUCUCCAGCCUCCUUCUAACUAUUCACGUGACCAAGGCAAGAUGAUUUCCCUGUUUUAUACCAUGGUGGCUCCAAUGCUCAACCCAUUAAUCUACACACUGAGGAACAAAGAGGUCCACCGAGCUCUAAAAAGAGCAAUGGGCAGGGUACAAAUAGCUUAG